UCUCAUAACCAAACUGAAGCACAUAGCUCCAUCUAGACUUGCUGUGUAGUCAGGCGGUGACAGCUGCACAGACACACCCAGCUCCCAGCCCAACCCAGCCCCAUACAGCUCCCCACACAUCACUGCCCCUCCGUGCCAGCAUGUCGGACUCAGGGCAGCAGCAGCAGACCAGCUGCAUGGGCAGCAUCACAUCCUACCUGAGGACCAGGAAGGGAAUGGUCAUAGCAGCCGAGAUAAUUCUGUGCUUUGUGAUUUUGCUGUGUUACGCCGCCUCGCGGGUCCCAGGGUACCUCACCGUUGCAGUCACAGAACUAGUGUUGGCCAUCAUAUUUUUUGUUAUCUUCGCCAUAAAGUAUGACUUGGUGAUCAAUUUCAUCCACUGGGGCUGGACUGAUUUCUUGCGAACGGCUAUUGCCUGUGUUCUCUUUCUCAUCACGUCUUUGGUUGCGCUUAUCCGUGGUGGAGAUGGUGCUGCUAUAGCUGGAGGGGUAUUUGGACUUAUAGCUGGGAUCGUUUUUGGUUAUGAUGCAUUCCUAACAAUACCAAAGCUGAGAAAAACUCACGCCCCAACUGCAACUGAGUCGCCAGAUGGCGUUUAAUCCAGGACGCAGUGGCACAACAUACUGAUCUUCUGCCUUUACAUACCCUACGCAGCUACCCUUGAUGCAAACUCCACAAGUGCCGAGAGCGCGCGAUAAUGCUUGUGUGCCCACAUGCAUAUGUGUAAAUGUUUGCAUAAGCUACAUUGUGUGUGUAUAGUGUUACUGUAUGCCAGGGUACAUGGGCACUAGCUGGGUGUGGACUGUGGAGGUAUUCCUGAGUUCCCCUUAGAUACAAACUUACAUGUAUAUUCAUGGAUUAUUUUUUAAUACAUUUCUCACAAAUAAUAAUAAACUUAUGAUUAUUA